AUGAGGUUCGAACACGUUGUUAACUACGAGACCGACGGCAGCGUAGAAGUGACGGUGCGGCAAGAGGAAGGGCGAACCGUAUCGACGUUGUUAGUCGCUCGAGCCACCCUCUCGCACUCUGGAAAUUAUCAGUGUGCCCCGUCGAACACCGACCGCGCCGCGAUUCGGGUCCACGUGUUCAAAGCCAAGGAACCGGCAGCGAUGCAGACGAGCAGCAGUACCCUCUUGCAGCACCGCCCUUCGCCCUGCCUGCUUCUUCCUGCCGCUGUCCUCCUGCGGUACCUCGCCUCCUUCUGCGAUCCGGUCACAUAGGGCAAGGACAGCCUGCAGAAGGGAAGACUCCUAGGAACUGUUUUCGCGUAGGAGGGUAAAAG